AUGCGGGAUAGAGAUGCUGAUCGUAUUAAAUUAGCCGUAGAAAGAUUAUCAGAAAGUGGAGAAUUGAUAGCUGAUUGUAGCAGACCAUACACCCUUCCUACAAUAUGUGGCAAACAUAAAGAUCUCAAAUCAAUCACAACCCAAAUACUUACAGAUCUAUUCGGCGGAGAGUAUAACCAAUUUCAUACUAGCUUCACAAUCAUCGACUGUAGAUAUCCAUAUGAAUAUAACGGAGGACACAUACAAGGCGCAGUGUUAAACUCUCAAAACUAUCCAAGAUUAUACUACCCAGAAGUCUAUAUUCUACAUGGAGGCUACAAAACCUUCUACGAACAUAAUCAGCUUACAGAUCUAUUCGGCGGAGAGUAUAACCAAUUUCAUACUAGCUUCACAAUCAUCGACUGUAGAUAUCCAUAUGAAUAUAACGGAGGACACAUACAAGGCGCAGUUAAUAUUUAUACGAAACAAUCUAUUGAUGUUUUAUUACAACGCUCAGAAAAAAACAGACCCCAGAUUCUUAUCUUCCAUUGUGAAUUUUCAUCCCAGAGGGCCCCUACAUUAUUACGUUACUUGAGAUCACAAGAUCGUGUGUUAAACUCUCAAAACUAUCCAAGAUUAUACUACCCAGAAGUCUAUAUUCUACAUGGAGGCUACAAAACCUUCUACGAACAUAAUCAGGAUUUGUGCCAUCCAUCUAGUUAUGUUCCGAUGCUACAUGAAGAUUAUAGAUCAGAAUUACAUCAUAUUCGCACGGUAACCAAAUCACAGACGGAAAGAGAGAAAACAAGAGGAAAAAGUAAAACAAUGUCACGCGUUGUUAGGUUUUAA